UUUUUCUGAACUUCUGCAGCGCGCAUUUACGCACAGCCUGACGCAGCGCGUGCAGAAUAAAAACGGAUCCGUGGAACAUUUCGGCGCGUCCUCGGGAAUCCCUCUCCUCCUCCUCCUCCUCCUCCUCAUCAUCACCACCUCAUGCUCCAGGACUUGGCCCUUGGCCCUGACACUGUUGACGUUUCCAUGGAAACCCUGGCCUCCGUUUGGGUCCAUGACCCCUGUGACCUCAGCGACCUCGGAGAGAAGUCGUCUGUUUGGGAGUCUCAGUGUGUUUACAACAGCUCGCCCCCUGCUGGUCUGAUGUGGUCUGAGCAGCUCUCCCCUCACCUCCAGAGAAACAAACAGCUGCAGGACACUCUGCUGCAGAGAGAGGAGGAACUGGCCAGACUGCAGGACGAGAACAACAAACUCAGAGAGUUCCUCAACUCUUCAUUUGUGAGGAACCUGGAGCAAAAGGCAAAGAAACUGACCUGUGACAGGAGGAGGAAGCUGAAAAGAAACCUGAGGCACAUUGAUGAGGGAUCGUUCCAGUCCAGCAGUCAUCAGCUCCGAACCUCCCAGCAGGUCAGCAAGAGAGUCUGCAGGAACCUCACUGCCGAGUUCGGCUGCGAGUCCUCCGAGACAUCCUCCUCCUCAGAACCAAACCUGGACCUCUGGGUUCUACGAACGUUGGGACUGAAGGACAGAGACACCAUCGAUACGUCCAAUGACUCCUCCUCCUCGUCUGGAUACAGCUUCAGCAGUUUGGUGUAUGAUGAAGCAAUCACGUCUUCCUCAUCCUCUGAAUACACCCUCAACUCCUCUUUCAGCCCUUCAGUCACCACUUCUACGCCUUCUUCUGUCCUCAGCUACUGCCAAAGACCCACACAGCAGGCUGAUUAUAGCUACAGUGCUGCUGAAUGCCAAGAAGUAAACUGUGGUAAUGCUGCCAACUCACCUCAGAACUGCACAACAUCUCUGAGUCAACGCUCUGACUUCACUGCCACCGGACUGACCGGACUGUACGAAGCUCCUGAAGCGGUGAUCAGGAGCUACGACACAGUAACUGCCUUCCAAUCUCCAGCACCUACAGAGGAACUACCUUUAACCCAGUCACCAGUCAGAGCAGAGAUCUGCUCCAUCACUGCCUCAAGUCGAGUCCAAACUCUGGAGGGAAACCCAGCGAAACAUCCGGCUUACUGGUCUCCACUGAGAAGCAGCCGGACACCAUCACAGGACACGAUCCAGUUCAGUCCACCAGGAGAAAGACUCCAUUUCUCUCCCAUCUUGUCUUCAAGUCCUGCCAUGACCCAGGUGCGGACACCUGUCUGCGGCAGCAGCCCAACGAGUCCGUCAGUGGGAUCUCAGCCUCCUGCCACGCCUGAGACGCCUCACAGCCGGACAGAUUUGGCGUUCAGUAUGUCCCUCAGCCCGUCCAACAGUGUCAAGACCCACAGCUUCCCUCAUGGACAAGCCUUUGUCAGAAAGGACACUGAAGGAAGGUGGAAGUUCACCUGGGUGCCCAAACAAGGACCAUAGGCAGCUCAGAAAGCUCCACAUUACAUGUCGUUGGUACCUGAACAAGUGUCCCAGGCCAGCUUUCAGGACUCUAAGUCCAUGUUGAACUUGUUGACGUCUUGUUUGUCCUGGACCCUCAAAGAGAUUCUGUUUAUACAAGACAAUGCAGGCAGCACGGACACUUCAUACAAACAUGCAGUUCUUGAACUCCCCUCAAAGACUUUAUUAUGAUACGGUUUUACACAAAAGACCAGUCAGACCUGAUGAUCCUGACAUUCAUAAAAAAGCAGUGUUGCUUUUUUCGUACAUCACUGCGAAAGUUCAGAAUACAAAAGGACUUGAAAAUGCUAAUGAUGAAUUGUUAAACUGAGGUACGAUGAGGCUAACCAGCUUGUUUUAGGCUUUACAUCUAGAGCCAAACUGUGGGCGUUACGCAGCGUUUUACAUUUUAAUCACGUAGCCAAUAAAUGAGUGUAACAUUAAAAAUUAACAGGACUGCCUAAACUGUUUUGUAUUAUGUAAGUUUUUAUUUAGUUCAUGUGUGAAACUGCCAUGUCAAAAGGUCAGCAAUGUCCCUUGCGCCACGUUGUGUCCCUUGUUACACUAUUAAUAAACAAAUGCAAAGACUGGAAGAAUUCAAAAUGGUGCCACGAAGCAAACUGCCUCCGAACUAAAGACAGAAACUGCACUGAUUUUAGCAGAUACAGAAAAGUGAUUAGAGAUUACAUGUUAGCUUAAAGUAAGUGCUAAAAACUUGAUGAUGAUGUUUAAUGCACGGACGUACUUUCCACACUUAAAGUGCGGUUACUGUGACGCCUGUGCUGUUUCAUCAAAGUACAGCUGAAGGUCAGCCUCCAGCAAAUAAAGGGCGGGCCAGGAUGUGAGCUCACGUCCUCCUACUGCCAACGUCCAGUGAAACUACAACUAAGAAGACAACGCUGGGUUUUGUACUCGAAGCAUGUGUAGUCUCGCUCUGCGUACAGUCCAUGUAGUUACAAAAAAUGGGCUGCACUGCAUAGGAGUCUGUGCAGAUGCGUCACACAGACCAAAGCAGACCCUCGUGAACAUAUUAUUUGAUUGUCAAAAACAAAGCAGAAUUUCUGAAAGAAGUCACUGCCGUUGGGAACUGCCCAUUGGUUCGACAGCCCAUUGGUUCGACAGCCCAUUGGUUCAACAUCCCAUUGUUCCGACCAUAUUAAACUCAUUGUUCCGAAGUCCGUUCCGAAAUCAUCACGAUGCCCUGUGGUUAAGGUCUGGUUAGGUUUAGGCACAAAAACCACUUGGUUAGGGUCAGGAAAAGAUCAUGGUGUGGGUUAAAAUGAAAAAGAAAGUGACAAACACAUAAGCUGUGAGCCUGCUCCGCCUCAAGCCGGUCGUGGCGCACCAUACGCCCGCCGCGAGCCGAUCAGCACCACGGACAGUCGGACUAAUGGGCUGUCGGACCAAUGACAUGGACCCGUUUUCACACCACCAGCAAACUGGUACAAAUUAGUACAAAACCUAAAUGAUAUUACUGUAAAUUAACUUCUGUAAACGCUCCAGCCGGCAGCUUGUACACCAUCUGACCAGCGUAACAGAAAGCACUUCUGAACACAAGUGAAGCAUCGGCUGAAUCUGUGACCGACACCACGAGGUUUUGCACUCUAGUUUUCAUUUUACCAAACAUUAGCUGAGGUUAGCAUUCAAACACAACAGUAGCUGAAAGAGUAUGCUAACAAAAACACCUGUUUUUUUAUAACUGCAAAACACAAUUUCACACGUGAUUCAUUCAUGUACUUGCAUCUGUGGUUUUCAGAUAUUCGACGUUAAAUGUAAGACUUCAUGUCGUCACCGUACUGAGAAAGAAACGUUGAUGAUGUAAUAUCACAUUUUACACAAAGACGUGGUUUUUGGAAAUUGCACUUCAUGAAUUGAACACCAUAGGCCACAUAUUAUCAGUGACACCACAUGAUCAAAUCAUUAUAUUUUCCUCCGGAGUCUCCAGACGUGCUUGUAGCCGGCCCGUCUCCAGGUCGAGCCCCUCUUUCAUUUCUUUUCAACAUCUCCGCAUUUCUGUCAUGAGCACCCUCUGGCUCCCCUGCACGACCUUGUCCAAUGAUUUCUCCAAACCUUCCUCUUGAGCGUCUUAUCAAGGCUUAUCUAAAGGUCAUCAAAUCUAUAGAUUACUUAUUCUAGCAGUUCUAUUACUUGUUCGUUCGUCACAUCAGCCACACAUUUCCGGGACUUGCUCCAUAAAGCUCUCUCCAUACAACACAGCUGACGGCUCGAUUGUUUGUUUGCGUUGGAGACGUUCAGGUGAUUUCAGACGUUUCAUCUUACGUAAGGGAUCAGAUCCGGGUGAUUUAAAAUCCGGGACGGUUUGCAUAAAAAAACAACAUUUUUUUCUGGCGAUUGGGUUGAAAUGUAAAUUAAUUUCACAAGUUUAAUUUGCCCUUUAAUAAAAUGAUGUUAAAUCUAAAAACCACACGUCUUCAUCAUAUGAGCUGAAAACAUUACUUGUGUACAUAUUUUGUUUCAUCACAGGAAAUGAUGUAAAAACCACAUGUGCCUAAAUGUGGAUUCUUUCUAUGUGUAAAGCUUCACCUUUAUUACAAAGUGGAAUUGUUUUUCUUACAUGUGCUGUGUAUUUAACGUCACAUAUCUGAAAAUAACAUGUCUAUGUUGUGAACAUCUGAGUUAUUGCCCAUAUGUAUGCGUGACAGUUUAACUGAGGAUGUUUAACACAGGACUAACAUGUACAAUGUGCUUCUUAUAAUUUGUAAAAAUGUGUAAAACACCUGAAGGUGACAUGUGCCUACAUGUUAAAUGUCUUUGCCAGGUUACAAACUUUAAGAUUAAAUUUUUUUGCUGUUGAAUUCGGUGCAGAAAAUUGCUGGUGUGACUGCUGCUGAAAGCAAUGAUAAAAAUUCAGAAGCAACGGAGACACAUUUGAAGGGAACAUGAAGACUGUGUCAAAGUCUUCAUGUUUCAUGAGCUUUUAAAUGUCUAACAGGAUGUUUGUGUGCUGUAAUGUUCGUACAUGAACGUGUGCAGAAUGUAAUGAGGAAACUGUAACUGACCGUAAACUGUCGACUAACAGAAAACACACGGACACGUCUGAGUCGUCUCUGUUUGAUUUACAAACCUCACCUUGUCUCAUAAAAUGUCCUGUACGUGUU